AUAGAGGCGCUCGCGUUCCAACAUAGAAUUUAGUGAUUUAGUAAACGUACGUAUAUGUACAUGGUAUUUUGUUCGACAGCCAGAAAUCUAAGCGCGAGAUAAUAUUUAGUGAGUGUACACAUACAAAGAACGAAAAUGCGCGAUUCAUUCUGUGUAUCCUUUCCAUUGAUACGCUACAAGGGGAGCUAAAAUUGCAUAUAGACUCUCCCAAGUGGGACGCUUGUCAUUCCUUCCUCUCCUUCCAUGGAGUUAUUCACCCGGACUUCAUAUUGAACAGUAAUGAAAGGCUGAUUGUGAGCAAAGCCAUGGCGUCCUUAUACAUGUCGUUUUUGUUACGUCAAGCAACGCGAAAACAAGAGCGUAAGUGAAUAAUACGAGUGACAGAUUGGGUGAAACGCGAGUGUAACGUUGCUGUUAUCAUCCUCAUCAUCAUCAUCAAUUAUCAUCCAAGUCUCGAUCGUUCGAGAACGAAUGCAAUAUUCAGGUAAUUCGUAGCUGCAUAUGUAUAUACGAGCGCACACAUGUGUGUGUGAGCUCGAGUAGGUGUGGGCGAGGCGCUCUGGUUCCCUUGUCGCAUACGACGACGACGACGAGAUCACUCGCGCGCGCGUGUGAGUGCACGUGCAUGCGUCGCGUGUGCGUGCGUGCGUGCGUGAGGCGAGUGAAGCGAGUCGAGAAGUGAGCGAGUGAACCGAGAGAGCGAGGUGGUGCUAGGAUCGCGCGAAUCGGCAGCGAUGAGCGACGACAGGAGCGAGGAUGAUCCGAUAAUGGACCUCUGGUACAGCAACUGGGAACAGCAGUGCGUCGAGGCGCUCGAGUCCGAGCCCGAUUACGAGAAUCAGUUGCACAACGAGAAGGAGCUCUACUCCCAGCAGAUGUGGACAAAAUUCCAAACCACCGCGUCGGCCAUCGCCCAGUUGUACAAAGACCGUACGCUGGGCGUCUCACUGUGGGUGCCCUUUCAGACUGCCGCUGGUACUGUAACAUCAUUAUACAAAGAUUCGGUGGAUUGUAUGAGGCGAUGUAGUGAUCUGGGAGUGGAAAUGGGCAAACAGAAACACUGUAAAGAAAUAAUGAAUUGGGCUAGAAAAAAAAGACGUAUGAUUCGCAGGGAAGAUCUUCUUGCAUAUCUUGCUGGAAAGCCACCACCACCUCGACCACAUCCACAUAGGAGUUCACCUAAACCUCGUAUGAUGGUAUGUGGUUCUCCAUCGUCGCAGAGUCAAACGCCAAGUAUGGUUAUUGCUUCAGCACCACCAACAGGCAGUGAACCAGAUCCUGAAUUACAUACAUUUAGGGAAGCCAUUGCAUUAUCUGGUUCUCCAGUAUCUCGACGUAGCGGAAGACAAGCCGAAUUAUCGGCUUUUAUUAACAACGAAUUGGCUCGACAUCAUAAACGACCCGCUUCGCAUGACGUGGAUAUGGGAUCACCCACGCACAAACGUACGCGUACUACACUGUAACGGCGCGCGAUGCGUAUGGUAGCUUUACUCUCUCGCUCCCUGUUGAUUAAUCAACCCGACUAAUGACUAAUAACUUAGCUCCUCUACAUAACUCCCGGUUAUGUGUUAAUCAUUGGAGGAAACCGGUAGUGGUUCACACUGCCAGGUAAGUACGUUCGUAUAUAUCUCCAAGCUUCUGCUGCCGAUCUCGAUUUAUAUCAUGUUCAAAAUCACUUAAUCUCUUGAAAUUCUUAUGCUUGUACAGUUAGUUCUGACCGACGCAUAUAACUUAUAAUUUACAUUCAGAGUCACAGAAUAUGUAUAUAUAUUUGUGAAAUGUUUAUUUUGGUAAUAUAUUGGCAAAAUAUUGGCAAAAUAUUAUUAAUAUUAUUAAUAUUAUUAGCUUGUUUUCUGUUUUUGCACUGAUGAAUUAGUGUACACUGGUGCACAGUUCAGCCAAUGCAGGAACAAAAAAUAAGCAUAUAGUUUACACAUGCAAAAAUGUGUUUAUAUAUAUAUGUUAGAUUUAUCAAAAUUUAGAAACUAUUAUGCAUUUUGUUAUAUUUGUGUAUACAAAAUUAAAGAAACGAGAGCGCAUAACUACGUUA